UUACUAAGAAGAUGUUUGUUAGAAAAAUUGAAGCAGAGCAGACUCCAAAAUCUCUUCGUCUUUCACUCACUCAUUUCCAUUGGCUCUCAAAUGGAUCGAAUUCACCACAAUUUCAUCGAGGUUGGAGGCUUAACGCUCCAUGUAGCAGAGAUCGGAACCGGUUCCAAUAUCGUCGUCUUCCUGCACGGAUUUCCGGAGAUAUGGUACUCAUGGCGGUACCAGAUGAUUGCUCUUGCUGACGCCGGAUUCCGAGUACUCGCUCCCGAUUACAGAGGAUAUGGACUCUCCGAUUCCCCCGCCGAGCCCUCCAAGGCUUCAUUUAGCGACCUCAUUAGCGAUCUCCUUGGGAUUCUUGACGCUCUCAACAUUCCCAAGGUGUUUGUUGUUGCGAAAGAUUUUGGAGCAUGGCCAGCUUAUUACUUUGCUUUGAAACAUCCUGAAAGGGCAUUGGGAAUUGUCACAUUGGGAGUGCCAUUCCUUCCUCCUGAAUCUGUUAAGAGUGUCCAAAGCAUCAUCCCUGAAGGCGUGUAUACUUUAAGAUGGCGGGAACCCGGACGAGCUGAGGCUGAUUUUGGUCGUUUUGAUGCGAAAACUGUCGUCAGGAAUGUUUAUAUCCUCUUCUCCAAAAGUGAAAUUCCAAUAGCUCAAGAAAAUCAAGAAGUAAUGGACUUAGUAGACCCAUCCACCCCUCUUCCUCCUUGGUUCACCGAGGAAGAUCUAGCAACUUAUGGAGCUCUCUAUGAGAAAUCUGGAUUUGAUACUGCAUUGAAAGUUCCUUAUAGGUCAUUAAAUGAAGAUUGGGGAAUAAAAGAACCAAAAGUUGAAAUUCCAGCACUCUUUAUAAUGGGUGAAAAGGAUUAUGUUUUCAAAUUCCCUGAAAUUGAGGAAUAUGUAAGAAGCGAAAGAGUUAAAGAUUUUGUUCCCAAAUUAGAGAUCAUCUAUAUACCAGAAGGAUCUCAUUUUGUUCAGGAGCAAUCUCCUGAAGAAGUUAAUCAGCUACUACUUACAUUCCUUGCCAAGCAUAUUUCACAGUAAGCACAUUCAACACUCCAAGUUUUAAAUCUUAAUAAACCUGUGACUAGUUCCUUAUCUAUCCAUAUGACUAUUUCUAUAUACUUAUGUUCUAAAAUUCAAUAAAAAGUUACAAUAUGUAUGUAUGUUAUUAUUAUUAUUAUUUUAAGUUCAACAGGGUGGGAGAUUC